GUUAUACUUACUGUCGAAGGAGUUAAUCCUCUGCAUUGUGUAAAAAGGCUGUUUGAUCCUGACUUCUCUGAUCCUCUCCUUCUUUCAGUACCCCCCUCUUAUCUCCUGAUAAGACAUAUUGGGUGGAGACAUUCUGCACAUGCUCAGUUUGGUGUCUAUAGCUAGAGAGGUUUUUUUUCUUGGAGAGUGCAUGUGAUCAGCACAGGGCCAAUCAGCACUGUCCUGACAGAGGUCAGGGGUCCUGUAUCCUCCUAGAACAGAAAGAAAACUCUUGCUACAAGCUUUAACCAGUGUUUUGCUGAACACUGAUAGAAGUCACAAGACUGCUCUAAUUGCUGAUAAGAAAAGGUAUUUAG